AUGGAGACAUCACGGAUCUCAUCAGUUUCUUAUCGAGCUCGUGUCAGACGGUUGAGUAAAAGUCAACUAUCAUCAGUUCAUCGUACCACUAGUGUUCGUUCUCGACCGAUCGUAAAAGUACGUCGAAUACCACCAGCUCCUCAGCGAUUGAAUCAAAGUGAUUCUCAAUCGGCUCAUCAUGUCACUAAUACUGAUUUUGAAUCCACAUCAGACAUAAUGCCAUCUCGUAUCUCAUCAACUUCUUCUUGGCUUCCUAUCAAACGGAUAGAUCGAAGAAAUAUUCAAUCAACACAAUACCAUCGUCGCGUAAUGCCACUAGAUCAAUCAGGUUCCCUAUCGACUGAUCUAUCUCGGAAUGCUACUACUCGAGCCACACAAGUCAGUAUUGCAUCCACGACUUCAACAUCUGCAACAACAACAUCAACAACUACUACUACAUCGACAACGACAUCAACUACAACAAGUACUACGACAACAACCACUUCACUGGCACCAUGUGCACCAACCAAUAUCGGCUCUUCAUCCACUAUCUUGUCAAUUGUAUCAGCUAACAGUACUAGAUAUAUCUGUUAUGCUUACGAGUGGACAGCACCCAAUACAAGUAUAGUUACACUUGCCUUUCAGCUUCGUAACGAUCCUAGUAUUUGGUAUCUCGAUGAUGUGUCGAUUUAUGACGGAGGUACUCAAAUGUUGAUCAAUGGAGGCUUUGAAUCAGGCAGCCUCUCACCAUGGGUGGUAACAUUACCAAGUGGGUCUUGUCUAUUCUCAUCACCACAAGGUACAGUCUGUAACACAUUUGCUCAUACUGGCAGCUAUGAAUAUUGUGAUGGAUGUAAUUCAGUUGCAGAUGAAGUCAGCCAGUCGUUCAUGGCCACAGCAGGACAAGUCUAUACCAUCAGCUUUUGGCUGGGGACGUUAUCAAUUGGAUCAGUAGAAACGGCUCUUGUUACCAUCAUGUGA